AUGGCUGGAGAGGGUUGCAGACGCAUGGCCUGGGCCAGCAGAGAAAGGUCCCUCUAUCCAUCCCAUCACCAUUCACCCCCAUCCAGGGCUGAUAUUCAACACACCUGUACCCACUUUCAUUUAUUUUCUCAUAGGUGUCUCUGUCCUGUGGACCCACACAAUAGAACAGGAACUGUGGAAUUCCUCCUCCUGGGAUUCUCAGAUGAUCCACAAGUUCAGCUUCUCCUCUCCUGCCUCUUCCUGUCCAUGUACCUGGUCACCAUUACUGGGAACCUGCUCAUCAUCCUGGUUGUCAUCUCUGACUCCCACCUCCACAUCCCCAUGUACUUCUUCCUCUCCAACCUAUCCGUGGCUGACAUUGGUUUUACCUCCACCACUGUCCCAAAGGUUAUUUGGGACAUUAACACUCAAAGCCGAAUCAUCUCUUAUGCAGGCUGCCUGGUGCAGUUUUCACUCUUUUACAGUUUUGUAUGUUUGGACAGUGUCAUUCUUACAGUGAUGGCUUAUGAUCGCUUUGUCGCUAUUUGCCACCCUCUUCACUACUCAGUCAUCAUGAACCCCCAUUUCUGUUAUCUACUGCUUCUGUUGUCUGUUGGCAUCAGCCUGCUGGACUCCCAGCUGCAUUGCUUAAUGAUAUCAAUGCUCACUUUCUGUGCCCAUGUGGAAAUCCCUCAUUUCUUCUGUGACCCCCCUCAACUUCUCAGGCUUGCCUGUGGGGACACCUCCACUGCUAACUUACUCCUGUGUCUUAUUGCUGCCAUCUUUGGUGGUGUGCCAGUCUCAGGGAUUUUUUACUCGUAUACAAGAAUUGUGUCCUCUGUUAUGAGAGUCUCCUCUACAGGUGGGAGGUACAAAGCCUUCUCCACUUGUGGCUCUCACCUGUCCAUUGUUUGCUUAUUUUAUGGAACAGCUGUUGGGGUUUACCUCAGUUAUGCUGUCUCCCAUUCUCCAAGAAAUGUUGCACUGACUUCAAUAGUGUAUUCAAUGGUGGUGCCCUUGCUAAACCCCUUCAUCUACAGCCUGAGAAACAAGGAUCUCCAGAGAGCUUUCCAGAAGCUUCUCAGAAGAACAGCCUAA